AUUCAUGAAGUUAUUUACAGAACAGCAAUUGAACUGAAGCCCCGUUCACAAGUCCCCCAAGCAGUUUUAAGCCUCUCCUUGAUUAGAGUUUCGACUUUCCACCGCUCGACUUUCCACCCUGCUUGCACAAAUAAAACAGGAUGGAUAGAUGAUGAAAGAAAUACAGGGUUACAUCCUUAAUUAGACGUAAACGUUAUCGAGGCGUAGUUUCGUGACUGUUUGAGACAACCUCAAUGUGUUUGCUCUUUUGCGAUUUCAGAUCUCACAAUGAUCAUUUACGUAAUUCAAGUGUCAUAGCAACAUAUGCUCUGAAUGCUUGUAGGAGACAUUUGAUUAACGCAAUUUGCGAAUUAUGCCAAGUUCUGAUUAAUAUAUAAAUGAUAGACGCCACGCUAAGUCACUAAAGCAUCUUUUGUCAUUCAUGAAGUUAUUUACAGAACAGAAAUUGAAUCAAACAAAAGUAUUCAUGGCUUUUUGACUUUCACUUUAAAACAUUUUGCAUUCUUCCUUGUUGCCUGAUUGUACACGAUCACAACCGUUCAUCUAUACUACAGUUAAUCGUGCAGGUGAGUUUAGAAGGAAACGGCAUCAAAAUAAACAAUCAUGGCUUCAAGUGUUUCUGAAUUAUACGACGUGGUAGUGGUCGGUGGUGGUCCCAUGGGAUUAUCUGCAGCAUACCAGUGCGCUGUAAAAGAAGGAAAGAAAGUAAUGGUCAUCGAGAAGUACAAAUUUGGAAACGCAUGUGGAUCAAGUCCCGGGUUUGGUCGCCAAUUUCGUAUCUGCUACUCAGAGCGUUAUCUGUGCCAACUGGCUAUCGAGUCAGGAAAAGAAUGGGAUAAACUCAUGCAAGAGUUGAAUGAUAGCUCCCUUGUGGAUCGAACAGGCUGUCUUUGGUUUGGCGAUGCUACCGUCGAAAGCAGUGAGGGCAACAUCGACAAGGCGGUACAGAACCUUAAAGAGCUGGGUGUAGGUGACUACGACUUACUUGAAGGCAAAGAAGCAAUUCAGAGCGAUGAGCGGUUUACCUUCAUUUCGGAUGCGGUGAACGACAUCGAUAAACCAAAAGCUCUCUAUGUUGGUGAUGGGGGUACCAUAAAUGUUCCUGCCGUUAUCGAAGGCCUUUGCAAGAUGCUGAAACGUUCAAGUACAGCUCAACUUGUGGAAAAUGCGCCUACCAAAUGCAUUGAUUACAGCUUGGAUGAUGAGGUGAGAGUGUGGAUCGAUAAGCAGCCGUUUUGCAUCCGGACCAAGAAAGUGAUCCUGACGCCUGGAAGCUAUAUUAACGACCUCUUAUCAGCUCUAACACCCACCUUCACGGAAAGGAUCAACCUCACGAUCUAUCUAUGGAGCUCCACCUACUUCAUUCCUUCUUGGCCUUCAGCUUCAAAGGAGAAGUGGCCUAUCUGGUACUUCUUCGGUCAGCCGAACGAGAACAACCUAAAUCUAUACUACGGUUUCCCAAGCGAAAAGAAGCGGCCUGACUACGUCAGAGUUGCCCCAGCAUUCACAUCAAGCGAGCGAUUUGACUUCAAGCUUUAUCCACCAGACAUUAGCGACAGACCACUUGAUCAAGACGCCCUAAAGUUCACUGCUGACUUUGUGAAGAAAUCAAUGCCUUCUCUAGUCCCUCAACUAUUAAUAGAAGAGCAGUCAACAUGCCUUGCUGGCUUUGCUGAAUCCAGUGAUAGUGAUGACGACGGUGUCGGUUUCGUUUUGGAUUUUCUGCCAGACGCACGCAGCAAUAAUCGAAUCCUUCUUUUUACAGGUGGAUGGGGUAUGAAGUUUGUACCUGUUAUUGGAAAGGUACUUGCAGAUUUGGCGAUUAAAGGAACGACAGAGUACAGCAAACUCAUUAAGCCAUGGAAUAUCAACCGUGGUGUGCUCGUUAAAGAGAGAGGUAGCACCAACACGGCUCAGCAAUCAGUAAAAUGUACCCGAUUGCAGCGAGCCACUAUGUUCCAAAAGUGGGUAGGUCCACCUUAAAGGAAUAAACUUAGAGGUCAAACAGACUUUUUGCCAAACAAUUCCAAACGCGAAAUGAGGUAGUGAAGAAACGUCCUAGUUUUAAUCAAUGAGUGUACGUUGAGAAUGACAUUUUGGAUUUUAUUUCUAGCUACUUAUAUGUUUACUUCCCUUAUAUCAUACAGUCUUUCUACUGUCUGAAACUAGUAAUGUUCUCAGUAAACGUCGCACCAGUUGAAAAUGAAUCACAAAAACGCCGGUGGGACCAUGAAUUAGCAUUUUUGUUCUGAGAAAUACCUGAAACUAUAGUUGUUUUAAAUUGUUUUGUACCUUUUCCCUAAGCCCCCCCCCCCCAGUCUAGAUAAUGGUGAUUUUGAUGGGUUUCUAAUUAAGAAGGGCGUUUUGCAAAAGUUAUUAGCAGUUGCUGAUUUUGUAUUGUGAGGAUGCAUAUCACAGCCAAUGUUCCAAUAUACUAUACCGUUUACUCAUACAUAAAACGUUGCCCAAAUUAUAGCCAAUAAAUGAAUGGUGAAGCCCUCUA